AUGAGCAUCACAACCACAUCACCCAGCCGCGCAUAUCCGCCCGCGCUGCCAAGCUCUGACUCAGAGGUAGAGGUCCUUAGCAGCUCGACCUUGUCCAAAGCCGCCGCCCCCAAACGAUCCAACGACGAGGCGUUCUCGCCCCGCAACACUGGCUUUCCCAAGAGAGUCUGCGUAGACCGGAUGCCUUGUGCUGAGUUUGCCACCGCCCACCCGGGACUACUCUCGGAUGCUUCCAGAACCCCAUACAUCGAGCCUAGCAGAAUCCCAGACAAUCAACCCAGCUCAUCUAUUGCCACAUCAGUAUUGCUCAUCGAACCGCUGACCCGCGAUGGCAGAAUCAAGAACUCACUCAAGUCCGCCACCGUUGCCUUCGACCGGGUGAAAGAAGUCCUCAAGAAAAAAAUGGACCGCAAGGAGAUGGCCAAACGAUCCUCGACGUCACGGAUGCAUGAGUUUCAGCUCGUGUGCUACUCCCUUUUGCGAAUGGUUGAAGAACGUGUCCCAGGAAUCUGUCACACAAUGGCAUCCUCGUUCCCAGGUGUUGCGGACACUUCUGGACUCAAUGGUGCGGAGAUGGCUGUGUUGGUUUGUGAGCUCGCAGAGGUUGGCUGGGCGGCGCUGAAGCGGAUCGAUGGGCUGCUGAAAGCCAAGGCGCACUCAAAAGCGUUCAUCGGUAAUUCGGACGAGCUAUCUAUGAUUCUAUUUAAAGAACGUCUUUUCGAGCUCGUGGGGAUGCUCGAGAAUGCCAAUAUGCUGGCUCCGAGGAAGCAAAUCAGGUAA